CUCUCUCGCUCGCUACUAUACGCGGUGGCGGCUGCUUGGUCUGUAAGCGUGCCCGCGUGCUCCGUCAGUGUGUGCGACGUGUGUCAUCACAUCAACCCGCGUUAACCUCUCUCUCUCUCUCGCGCGCUACGUAUACGUUAGUGUUGUUGCAUCGAGCGACGGACGGAGAGAAAGCGCGCGCGAGAGGCGACAGCAUCAUAGAGAAGGAGAGAGAAGAAGAAGAGGAGAAGGAGGAGGAGGAGGAGGAGGAGGAGGACGAGAAGAGGUGGCAGUGCGGCAUCUCAACUUGUUGUGUGUUUGUGCGUGUUCGUGUGCGCGACGUUUAGGUGACACGGCGGUGACACUUACGGCAGGCGCGCGCCCCGACGAUGUGUCGCCCGGAGAAUGAUCAUCGCCCGCAGUGACAGUGUGCUGUUAGAUGAAACAUCGUCAUCGUCGUCAGCGUCAUCGUCAUCGUCGUCACCAUCGCCGACAGCGAGACGAGCGGAGCGGCGAGCUCCGACGAGCAACAGCAGCAGCAGCAACAGCAGCAACAGUCGUCGCCGCCCGUGCCAUCAACGCUGGAUAGGUACACGACAUCAUCGUCAUCUUCCAUGAAACUCCAGGAGUCUGACAUUACCCAGCCGGUGCAGCCGCUUACAGCAGCCGCAGCUUCCCCACACCACCACCCAGCGAUGGCCUACCCGCCGUUUCUCCUCCACAGGCCGUCGGAUUUCAGCAUGAACAGCAUUCUCACGGCCCAGUCGCAGUACUUCCCCGGUCUACAGGGCCUCGCCCUGCACCCACACGCGCUCUCGGCCCCCUUCACGCCCAAGUCGCUCGGUCAGACGCCCGGGCUUCUUUCCUCGGGGCAUCUGUCGGCCGAGGAACUGAUGGCGGCACAGCAGUCGAUGGCGGCGUCGAUGCAACGGCCGCUACGUACAAUAGAUCCGGAAGACUCUCAGUACGUCGACAAUCCGAAGGUGGAUCUUGAGUCGAAGGAGCUGUGGGAGAAGUUCCACAAGCUAGGCACAGAGAUGGUCAUCACGAAAUCCGGCCG